AUGGCUCGAUAUUCAUAUUGCGCAGGUCAUGGGGACACGAACAGUAUCUCAAUGCAAAAUCUCGAAGGCUCCACAGAAGACCAGACGCUCCACGAAGCUUCUGGACAGCCACAGUCAAAUGGUUCACAUGACAACGGUCUUGAACAGCUUCUAAGCGUACAGGGAACUCGGGAUGAAAGUCAAGAACCUCUCAUCAAUCAGUAUACUGCCACGAAAACACCUGCGGCGGUCGAUUCAACGUUGCAACCGCUACUUCAAAAGGUCCAGCCACUAGGCAAAAUCUUAGCCGCGCGUGUCAUUGGUAAGACUGAGAUUGUUGCUCUUGCUAUAUCAGUCUUGUCAAUGAUGUUGGCAGUAGCGACGGUCGCUAAUGAUAACAUUGCAUGGUAUCUUCGGUUCCAAUACCAAAUUGUUGUCGUAGGCCUUCUACUUAGCCUUAUGAACAUCUGCAUGAUGACGGUACUGCCUACUACCCUUCUCCGUUGCGAGGCGCUACUUGGCGACUCAGCCAUCCAGAAUUUUGAAGCCAUUGUUCGCAACAGACCGUUAGCAUCCAAAACGGCUUGGACUUGGCGACUUGUUCUUGCGGCAUUAAUAGCACUCCCGCUCGGGUUGAGCGUGCUUUACAAACUCUUCAAGGACGGCGCAGCAGUACUCAGCAUAGAACCCGAAAACAGCCUCUACAACACUGCUUUUGGUCUUUUUGCGCCUCCCGGACUGCUACCCCUUGGCUGGGAUUCAGGAACAAUACUGAUGUACAAUAUCACAAUGCCCUUCUUGAUGGCUUCAACGAAUCAGACAGCACCUCGCAAUGCCAAUACCUCUCAAUUGCUCGACCCACUAGACGAGGUCAUCCUCCCUGCGACUUGGCCCCAAACAUACGGCUUCAAUACGUUGCUGCUCAACAAUUCCACAGCAGCGCUUCUGGACGUUCCGCCACCGGACUGGAUAACCAAUGUGCAGAACAGUCUCAAGGACGGCGACCACUUAGACAUCGCUGCUCCUGUACUCGCAACUGUGGCAUCAAGAAACCAUUCUGUGGAUGCCCACAGGAACGAGAGUUCUAAUUCUGACUUCUGGGCUGAAUUUGGUCUCGACAAGGGGCUAUUCUUCCAGGACCUUUUCAACGAUUGGUAUAUUGGUAUGAAACCAAGUUUUCUCAACGCAAGUGUAGACCGAGCAUGGUGCUUUGUCUCGAUUCAGGCUGGUAAGUCUGUGCCGAGCUUCAUAUCUACAACACAGCUAUGGGAGCUCAACAGGGUGUACUGUUCUGGAAGAUGGCGCGUGACAAGGGCGGGCACUAAACUUCUCAACGGGACUUGCGACACCAACGACCGGCCCGCUUUCAUAACCAAAUACGACCAACCUGAACUCAUACUCACCCGUACUGGCAACGCGUUCUCCUUGAAUGUUUACUUCUUACCCGCUCUGAACGAGUUUUUAGCGCCUUUCGACCAGUCGCGGAAUGAUUCGGACUGGGUCUUGCCAACAAUGGCAACUAGUGUGGCAAGCAUGUACUGGUCACGACUUGCUGCAAUGGAAGGGCCAGGUAGUCCGCAUUGGACAGGAAACAACAGCUUUGCUAAAAGGAAAGCCCCACGGCCAAACGAUAACAUCACCGACGGACUGUUAUAUGGUCGUUCAGCUAGUGUCGAAUCGAGCCGACCCACGCUACAGAAGGCUACCAUCUUGUACAUCGUGUUCGUCGUCCAACCCUUCAUCACUCUUGUUGCCAUCAUCGCCGAUUUGUUCAUGUGGGAUGUGCCUAUCGGGAGCGGCUUCAAUAUGGUUACUGUCUUAGCUGGGGCAGACGAGAAACGUGAUCUAUUGGCAGGUGCUGGAUACUCUGGAGAAUUACGCCGACCUUUAUACAUGGAGAUCGUUACUGAGGAACAGACAGCAGGAGCAGCGAGACUAAUUUAUCGAUUUACAGAUCGUAAACCCCAGAGGCUGACGAGGCUGGUACGCAAACACCUGUACUCAUAGCAUGCUCAGAAACUAGAAUCUGUGAGUCAGAGCAAGCAUGUCACAUAUGGGUACCGAGAGGGAG